AUGCAACAAUACAGAUUUUUACUCCUCAUAAUUGUGUUUACCACUGGUUCAUCAGAAAUAUUUGGACAACAAUAUGAGUGGUCUGGCAACUAUCAAUGGUCCGAUGAUGAAUGUAAUCAAACACAAUGUUGUUGUCCGCAUGGAACAUUAUCUGUCAUUAGUAAUGAUACAUCAAUUGGAUUUAUUUCAAAUUUGCGUGGUCGAGAUUGUGAAAAGGAAACUUUCAAUAUAUGGGCACCAUAUCCGAGGGAUCUUAUUGAAGUUUUAGGAAGAUUAUUGGAUACAUCAAAUUGUGAUUCAAAAGCUACAAAAAUACAUGAUAAUUCUAGUGGUACUACUGUAACUAUAACAAAAUUCCAAUCCAUUAUAUCAACGGCUUCUCUAAUGCCGGCGAGCGUUACCACAAUCUCUGUUAAGCUUAAACAAGAAUAUGAAAAACAGCUGAACAACGAACGGACUGAACUUUAUCGAGGACAAUUAAUGUCAAAAGAAGAAGUCGAAACAUUGAAGAAAGCGCGCUACGAUCAUUUUAUAUAUAUAAAUAGUUUUUUUUCGACUACACCAGAUCGUGAUUUGGCCCUUAAUAUUUUUGCGGGAGCAGGUCAAACUAGUAGUGAUGAGAGAAAACAAUCUGUGCUAUUUGAGCUGAAAAUUGAUAAAGAAAAAACCAAAAAAGUCUAUGCGAAUACUCAACAUUUAAGUUCGGUGCCCGAUGAAAAUGAAACACUAUUUACCGUUGGUACCAUAUUUCAUAAAUAUGGCGAUGUUCAAUAUGACGAAGUUCAACAUGUUUCAAUUGUUCAACUACAACUGAUCAGUGACAAGGAGGCACAAGAUCUUUGUAGUGGCGGAUAUUUUACGAGUGAAUACGAUCGUAUUGGUAAUGCAACCUCAAUAUAUGCUCAAUUUAUUAAAGUUGGAUAUCUACUUCAAAAAUACACACAAAAUAAUUUUGAUUCGGUGAAAAAAUACUAUACGCUAUUCUAUCAAUUAUCACCGCUUAUCUGUCAUGCAGGUUUAGGUUACGUCACCAGUGAAACACGAGAGUUUGAUUUAGCGUGGGCACACCAAGAUGAAGCAUUACGAAUUUACAAAUCAUCGAAAGGGUUGCAUGAUUCACCUGAGAUUGAAUUUCUUAUUUAUGAUUGCCUUGGUCAAAGUUUUCGAAGAAGAAAAAUGUGGGAUUUAGCUUUAGAGUGCUAUACGAACAUAGCUCGAAUAGGUUUCAAUUUUUUUCUUCUUGGUCGUUCCGCUACACUACAUCGAUAUUUUGAUAUUGCACAAGAGUGUGAACAAGAUGGUCAGUCACAAUUAGCAAGUGAUUUGCUGGCAAAAUUGAAACUAGCUGAUCCCAAUUAUUAUUCGAAAAUCAUACAAGAAGCUCUUCAAGAAGCUUAA